GUCACUUUCACCAGAGAUGGAGAAUUCAGUUGAAGAUGAGUGCGCUGAUUCGGGAGCGGAGACCGGAGGGUCUGACUACAGUCUUAUGUCAUCAGCAAGCAGUGAUUUGUCCAUGGGGGACCUACAAGAUCCUUUCCUAGUUUCUAUCCACAUCAUCACUGACCCCGGUCAGGCCAAAACGCUCCAGCAAGCUGCUGAUCGGGUCCUCUCCUGGCUCCACCCUGAUCUGACCCUCUUCAGGGUGUCAGAACGGGCAGGUGGUCUCUCUCGAAAGCCCAAGGUCCGCCUGCAGCGCGUCACCGAACCACCAUCACACCAGCCAGCCUUGGCUGUAAUCCUGUUUCUACAGGAUGAAUAUAGAGGUGACGAGAGUCUUGAACGUCUCCACAAUCAGCUGAGAUGCCCACCGUGGCGAUACCACCACACAGAGAGGGUGAACGGGCGAGGCCUCUUACCAUUUUCUCCAGCCAACCAGGACUUUGUUACACUUGCACCAGGCACACCACUAUGGGCGCUUCGCCAAGUCCACUACGGCAAAGAAAUUGUGCGCUUUACAGUCUAUUGUCGCUACGAGACCUACAACGAACAGGUGCGUAUGUACAGGCUGCUCCUGCGCCGAAGGCUAGCCCAGAAGAAGGAGGAUUUCUGUUUCUGUGUAGUCUACUCCAACCCUGAAACAGAAAUCCAGCUGUCAUUCAAGCGGAUGCCCCGUGGCCAGAACCUCGUCCCCACUGAAAAUGCUGUGAUGGAGAUCAGAGUGAGGGAUGUUGGUGAACUUGUCCCACUGCUGCCAUGUCCCUGCACGCCUAUCAGCGACGUCCGCUGGCAAACAAAUUAUUAUGACGGGAACAAAAUAUUGCUACAGGUUCAAGGUUCACGGUAUUACCGCAAGCACACUAUUGCAAAGUUCUGUCACCUUCCUCCUGAUGAUCCUCCGGUUACCUCCCCUCCUCCACCCGAGCUGCCCCCUCCACCUCCUCCACCAUACGGCCGCGGGCCCGCCUCUUAUCGAAAUCGCCGUUAUCACCGGAACUCAUCACGUUCACGGACCCAGACCCUUCCGUCUCCGGUCACCUCCAGGACGGCCACGCUGUGCGAUCAGGAGGGCCGCAUGGAGAGGCUCCAGAGGGAUGUGGAGCUCUUACGCGCAGGAUGGACAGGCCACCGCACACAGUCCCUCUUUUCUCUGCCUACAGACGAGUCCCGCUCCUCGUGUGCCUCUCCUUCAAGCUUCCGUCCUCGCUGCUACUCUUCAAUGGCCGCUCCAAUUUUCCGUGUCAAUGUCGAUACACUAGUGGGAGCCGAAGAGACAGAUGUGGACACGGGACAGACCAUCAGCGGCAGCUCUGUGGACUUAUCGGUGGUCUCAGGUUAUUCCCAUCCACAGCUGAGACCCCAUUUAAAGGCCCGAGCAAUGCGGCCCAAGUCCGCUCCUCCAACAGAUGGAGGUCUUGACUUUUCUGAUCUGAACUAUAAUAAUGCCUCCUCCAUAAGACAGACUCAUGUGCCAUCUAGAGCACAGAGCAUCUCUGCUAAAUCCACACCUUGUGUAGUACACAAACCACAGCCAAAGAAUGUGAAAGAUGUGUUGCAGGACAAAGGGCAGCAGAACAGCAAUGGCAUUGUGACAGUAGAUGAUUGUAGUCAAGAAGGCUUUGCGGAGGAAGAGCAAGAAUUUUAUAUCUGA